AUGGAUGAGACGGAAGUGGAGAGUUCGGAAGGAAUGGUGAAUGAUGUGGAAACGUGGCAAGAAACAUGCAGGAAAAUAUUAGCAAAAGAACGGAUAGGUUUGGAUGAUAUGACCGAAUUAGAACAUGUAGAUGAUCACACUAUCGCCGAGAAUUUGCGGAUACGUUUGUUAGAAGAACAGAUUUAUGUGAGUUUACUGGACUGGAUGAAUUCGGGAACGUUGUCAGAUUAGCGCUCCGCGUUUAGACAGCGCGCAAGAAAUCUGACGAAAUUGUGUAAACCGUCUCGAAUUCGUCCGGUGUCGUAUUGACAUAGUAGUGAAUAAGACAUAAAUUUAAUUAAUAUUAAUUGUUAGAUAGAGCAAGAUAAAUAAACUACCGAUUUCUCAAUACUGCUCUAAUAUAAGACUAUAGAGUAUCUAUCUCUAUAGAGCUCGAACAACUAGACUCUGUAGCUCAGUUGGUUAGAGCGCUGCAUUGGAAUCGCAGAGCUGCAGGUUGGAUUCCUGCCAGAAGGCCUAUAUCCCGUUCAGCUCUAAUAAAUGUAUAAAAGUUCCACCCGAAAUUUCCAUCUACAAAUCCUUUCCACAAUUAGUUCUAUCGAGUGUAGAUGCCCAAUAGCUUUAAACAAAUAGUCCAUGCUAAAAGCAAUGACAACUAUGUAGAAUGAGAAGAAUUAACUGAUAUCUAUACCAGUUGAUCAACCAUAUGGUGCAGGAUAGUCAGGCGAAACUUACCUGUUGCGUGUAUUACCUGCUUCAUGCACUGGCGUACCUAAAUCUAUAAAAGUCAAUAGAAAUGUUGGCUUGCUUUUGAUAGCUGGAACAUAUAUAGUGUGUAGAUUAGACGAACAAGAAAGGCUAGGACUACAAGUUGACUCCCUCCUGUUCCCCAUUAAAUUCUUCUUUUCUUUUACACUUGUAGACAUGUAUUGGUCGGGUAUUGAUAGCCAUUAACCCUUUCAAGAAAGGCUAGGACUACAAGUUGGUUCCCUCAUGUUCCCCAUUAAAUUCUCUUCUUUUACACUUGUAGACAUGUAUUGGUCGGGUAUUGAUAGCCGUUAACCCUUUCAAGAAAUUGGACAUCUACGAUAGAAGGUAACAGUGUCAGUUUAAAACAUUGAACAACUGUAUUAAUACUGGAUAGUUCUAUAUAGGCUUGUUUACACUUGCAAUUUAGUGAAAAUAUGAGCCAACAUGAAAUUUCUUCUCGUUUUCCAAGCUACGUGGCUGCGUACAAUAAUUUCUUGGAAGCAAAACAGACAAAGAAGAAAACACAAAAUUUAAACCGUGAUGAUACUUUGAAAUGUUCAACUGCAAAGCUCACCAGUAUGAUACAAUGCGAAGACACCGACACUGAACAGGUUUGUGCUGCUAGGACUUCGCGGAGACUAAUGUGUUUCUAUUCUUCCAGACCUAAACUUAACCUGGAUUAUUUUAUCUUUACAAAAAUUGUGAUAUUACUUUUUCCAUCCUAACCCACUGUCUGUGCCAGUGUAGGUAGUGACAAUAAUAUGAACAAGCUUUCGUUGGUAGAGAUGCAACUACCUAAAAAAUAUAAGGAGAAUUUCGGCGUAUGGAACAACGAAGGGCCUUCGCUCGAAACGUCGAAAUUCUCCAUAUAUAUUUUCAGGUAGUUGCAUCUCUACCAACGAAAGCUUAUCCUAACGCACCCUGUCAACUUUCCCGGUGGGAGGAAACCGGAGCACCCGGUUCCGUUCCGCAUAUCCGUUCCGCAUCCGCUUCCGCGUUUUAACCUAACCCCAUUUACAUGUGAUAUAUAUGAUCAAAUACAUCGAGUAUUACCUAAUUACAUACUUAACCCAGACUACUGACUUUUACAACAAUUGUGAUAUUACUUUCUUAACUGUGUUUAUCCUAACCCACCCUGUCAACUUUUCCUGUGGGAGGAAACCGGAGCACCCAGAGGAAAGACACGACUUUCGGCAGAGCGUUAACAUUUUCACAUGAGUCCAUAGCGAGAAUCGAACCCUGACAAACUCCGAGGUGAAAGGCGCUCUGAUGACUGUGCCACGGAAUCCCCAAAUCAUGCAAGAAUUUCACAUAUAUUUUCAAAUAUUUUUUUUCUGUUUUGCUAGGAUUCUGGCGUGGAUUUACCGCCCCACAUCUAUGCCCUCACAGACAACAUGUACCGUAAUAUGAUGAUUGAACGAGAAAGUCAAUGUGUGAUUAUCAGGUAGUUUAAAAUUUUGUAAUCUUUAGAGGACAGAUAAUGGAUGCUGCAAGAAACGUGUUGCUCUGUUUAUUUCUGGUAUAGCAUUGGCAUUGAUAUCUCUUCUUUUUGCGGUUUAGUGGAGAAAGUGGCGCGGGGAAGACGAUAUCAGCGAAAUACAUCAUGUCUUAUCUAUCAGAAAUUGCGAGUGGUGGAACUCAGAAAAUUGAGGUUUUAAAACUGCUUUUAUACAUCGCUUCUUUCGUUAAACCAUCAGGAAACCUUUCUUAUGACUUGUACUGGCGUGCUUCAUGCUAACUAACAAAGUAUUCUUUGCUAUAUAGGAGAUCAAGAAUAUUAUCAUUCAGUCUAAUCCACUUUUGGAGGCGUUCGGAAACGCGAAAACAUUGCGCAACAACAACUCAAGUCGUUUUGUAAGUACGAUUGAUUAUAAAGAUGGGGCUUGAACAGUUUAAAUAAAAACAAUGCAACAUAGUUUUAAUUUACGUGGUAAGUUUAAUUUUUCAGGGGAAGUUUGUUGAAAUUUUGUUCAACAUGUCUGGACAACCAGAUGGUGGCAAGAUCUCAAACUUUCUUCUAGAGAAGGUGAGCGUUCUUUUGAAAAAUAAUUUCACCAUACUUUAUAGAUUACAUCUUGCCACAAGGCUGUGUUGCUUAAUGUUGCUUUUUGCCUCCCAUCUAGUCGCGUGUUGUAUCCCAGAAUCCUGGGGAGCGUAACUAUCACGUGUUCUAUCAGCUGCUCAGAGGAUGUUCCGAAGAUCAGAAAGGUAAUCAUGAUUGUUCUAUAGUAUAGGGGACCCUAUAUUCAGACGAAAUCAUUUGCAGAGGAAUUGUGCAGGAGUUGAAUUCUCACAGAUCGAUGUUCAUUUGUCUGGUUAUAACAUCACCUCGGUCACAUUUAAGAAGCGUGUUUUCAGUUUGGCUUUUCCAGACGUCCUCAAGAGGGAUCUCGGGAUCUCAGGGUGCUCUGCAUUCCCCCUGUAUAGUAACACUGGAGCAAUAAGGGGUGACUCUAACUGGACCUCCAGAGAGAAAAAUUUAGAACAGUUAGAGUCACCUAGCAGUUACAUAAAGCCUAGAAACAUAUAUUGCUAUUAACUAUGCGUGAAAUCGCUUUAACCUAGACCUCUGCUAAAAAGUAAUCCAAUAUAAUUGUUUAUUUUAUCAAAACCCUUGUAAUAAGAUGACAUUUAUCUUCUGUUCACUUUCAGAAACACUAGGUCUACAAGAAUCAGAUCCAGCAGAGUAUUAUUACUUGAACCGUACUGGAGGAGUCUAUGAUGUCCCUGAUGCUGAUGAUACCGAAGAAUUUCAAGCGACUCUGGUAAAUGAAUACUGAUUAUUAGUUAAACAAGCAGGCAAAGUAGUAUUCACAAACAAACUAGUAUUCAGCAGACAAACUAGUAUUCACUAUCAACGUUUCUUUAAUCACAGUAUGACAUCUUUCAUGUGUAAACGCUGUAAGGUUUUUGAUUUAAAGAGGUUCAAAAGAAGUUUUAUGUAAUUUGGUCAAAAGAACUGUUAGCGUUAAGCAUACCUUAAUUUAUGUCUCAUCAUCUACAUACAUAACAAACGAGGCUGGGAAAACCUUACGCCUCGUUGUGGGGAGGGGGGGGGGAUGUUUCGCUGAAGGAGUCACAUGAAGUGAUUCAUUGCCACGAACUUUCGCUGUAUUUUUUAGAACGCAAUGAGUGUUGUUGGUUUGUCUUUGGAACGACAAAAAAAUGUCUUGGGGGUGAUUUCAGCGAUUUUACAUCUUGGGAAUAUCCAGUUUGUCGAGGAUAACAAUGUUGCCGAGGUCGAGAAUCCCACGGGUAGGUCGACCAUGCAUGUUUCUGCUUCUUUCUUGGGGAUGAGCCAAUCUUUCUUUCACGCGUAACGCGCUGUAAGGUUCGUUUAUACUUGCAAUUUUUGCUGCGAGUUUAGGUUCAAUUUUCUUCUCCUGAUGGAUGUGAACGAGUGGAUGAGUUAUGAAUGUUCAGAUGAGGGUACAUAUACUCAGAACAUUCAUAACUCAUCUACUCGUUCAGAUCCAUCAGAAGAAGAAAGUCACGGUAGACGAGCAUUUAGAAUUGGAUUAGACUCGACAUAUUUUGGAAGUCAUAUAUUUUUUCUGUCAUGCCAGAUUUGAUUGUUCCCGCGCAGCUUCUGGGUGUGGACAAAGAUGCUUUGAAAGAAAAAUUGGUCAGGUAAUGGCAUCUCUUUAUCCAUUCUUAGUCCAGUGCCAAAGGAGGAGAACUGGAAAAAACACCUUCACAUGUCAUUCAAUUUUAUAGUCGGAUAAGUCAUAACUGUAUAUAGCAGGAAACGAACCUCACAACCAGAGAUGAAGGGCUCUUGGACUAAACUUUGAGCAAUAUAGUGACGGACUAGAAAUAACAAUUAAGAUCAGGGUCAAUCACUGCUUUUAUAAUUAAAAAGCUGUAUGAUUAUUAAUCUUCUUUACUGUUUGUAUAUAGCCGCUUGAUGGAGGCGCGUUGGGGAGGCAAAGUUGACAUUAUGAUGAUGACGCUUAAUUCCGAACAGGUAUGUAAUAUCGCAGUAAUUAACUUAGUUCUAACUAUAACUUUACUUUUAUUGGUAAUGAAUAACUCUAUCAGCUAAAUGUUUUCUUUCUUUGAGUCUAGUAAGUAGCAUUCCUUAUUGGUCCAGUUAGCUCUUGUGGAGCAAACCGCUUCAAUAUACCAUAAAAAAACCUACAUGAAAGUUUAUAUUUGAUCUUGAAGUGGAAUUACAAUCAAACAACGCUAUCCACAGAAGUGAAACAACUCCUCCCCCCCCUGACCUUUGUGUCACCAUAAUCCCCAUGAACGCUUGAAAAUUUUAUUGUUUGAAUUCCCUUGAUAGUAUAUUAGUAUAUUCGUAGUUCCAUAUGGUAAUAUGGAACUACGAAUACUAAUAUACUAUCAAGGGAAUUCAAACAAUAAAAUUUUCAAGUGUUCAUGGGGAUUAAUGAAUAGAGAUUAAACUAGCGUAAUUUAUUGAGUAUUGUCUGCACUCUUUAUCCUGUUCUAGGCCAAUAUCUCCAGGGACGCUUUAGCGAAAGCUCUGUAUGCUCAACUUUUUGAUUUCCUUGUCACGGUUAGUUCUAAAAUCAUGCCAGUUAUAAAAUGAUCUGUAAUCGUCUAUGUAUGGAUUGUUAUAAUUCUCCUGUGCUCUAUUCUUAUAGGUAAUCAACAGUGCCAUGCAUAAGGAUAGGAUCGAAUUGUGCAUUGGCGUCCUGGAUAUUUAUGGUUUUGAAAUAUUCGAGGUAAGGAUUUGUGUAGGAUGCCGAUGACUCGAACACAGUGGUCAGCGCAUGCGUCUUUCAUCUCUGUGGUCGAGGUUUGAUUCCGGCAAUAAACCCAUUGCACAUGACGUCACAGCGCCGGUGACGAUGCAUCUGGAGGACAAAUUAGCAAUCUAUGCAUAAUAUAACUUUUGUAAACAAAGCAAAUUUUCUAAAAGUUUAUAAUAAUUUUGUAUUAAAAUGGUUAAUUUUUGCGCUGUAUGUGGUUGUUGUACCCGAACAGAUAUUGUUAGGGAGCAUCUGGAGGACACUCUAAGGAUUUGUGACGUCAGUGCAAUGGGUCUAUAUGCAGUAAUUGUCUGAUUAUAAUUUUACCUCAGUCGCAUGUGAGAAAAGUGCUUCUAGUUUGACUCUACCAAACAUCGCAGACUUUCACCAAGUAUUCUGGUUUCGCCGGGGAACUCCUUAUACGAACUGACAAAGAUUUGUGGUAUCAAUAAUGUUAGUUUAGUUAUUGACAUACAGCUUUGUUUAUUUUGCAUUUAGACAAACGGUUUUGAACAGUUCUGCAUCAAUUUUGUUAACGAAAAACUUCAGCAGAUUUUUGUCGAGUUGACGCUCAAGAGUGAACAGGUGCGCUUGCGUCUCUUUCUUAUUUCCUUUAUUUUUUCAUUCAAAUUAAACCAAUUUCUUUUUACAAUUUCAGGAAGAAUAUUUGGAGGAAGGGAUAACUUGGACUCCUGUGAAAUUUUUCAAUAAUAAAUUGGUUUGUGAUCUUAUCGAAAGCAAGGUUUGUUCACACAAUUGUUUUACUCUACUCUACCAAACAACGCAGGGUUAUUAACUAUUUUCUCCUGUGGUAAUACUGGAAUAACAAGGGAUGACCUUUACUGGGCCACAAAGGAGAACAGUUUAGAACUGAUAGAACUAUGCAGUAUAAAUAAAGUUAGUUUAGUUUAGACUUCCUGCUGUUGUAAUACUCGACCACUGCUUUACUAGAUCACUUGGAGGAAUAGUUUAGAACUGAUAGAGCUAUCCGGUAUAAGUGCUGUUAGUUUAGUUUAGGUUUCUUCCUGUAGUAACACUGGAUCAAUAAGAGAGAUUAUCACUACUGGGCCACUAAGGAGAACAAUUUAGAACUGAUAGAGCUAUCCAGUAUGAAUAAAGUCAGUUUAGGUUAGGUUUCCUCCUGUAGUAACACUGGAUCAAUAAGAGAUGAUCCUUAACCUGGACCUCUACGGAGAACAAUUUAGAACUGAUAGAGCUAUUCAGUUUAAAUGAUGAUGAUCCUUACUGGACCUGUAUAGGGAGAACAGUAUGAUAAAGCUAUCUAGUAUUAAUAACUAAAAUCAUCCUAUUUAGAUUCCUCCAGGUAUAAUGAGUGUCCUAGAUGAUGUUUGUUUCACAGUGCACGCUUCUGAAGGAUCGGGUAGAACACUGAUGGAGGUAUUGAAUACUACAUUAAUGAAAUGCUUUAGUUUAAUGAUUGGCGUAUUACACAGUGGACGUUUUGUAGACUAGCUCUCAGGAGAAGCUGAUACUCACUCAACUGAACAGUAAGGCUGUACAACCUCAAAUUACUUCACAUAGUUCAAUAAUCUUGAAUGAUCUAAAUAUAUUUAACUCGGCAAUAAGAGGCAACAUGCAUACUACUCUUGCCUUCCGUCCGCUUGUAUUGAUUCCACCAUGAACAACCCUUCCACACCGGCGGAUUAUACAUCUCCAAUUUCAAUCCAUGAACAUAUUUCAUUCACGAUUUUGUUGUAGAAACUCAAAGCAGUUGUGGGUUCAGAAAGUACAUAUUCACGAUACUUCCGAGGACUUUCAACACAUUUUGAAAUACACCACUAUGCGGGAAAGGUAAUUUUGAUUUACUAUGGUAAGAAUAUUUCUAACUUUCUAAAUUGUUCACCAUACUUGCGAUGUCAUUGCCAGGUGCAUUACGAGGCGACGCAUUUUUGUGAAAAAAACAAAGACUCGUUGUUUGAUGACAUCGUUCAACUGAUGCAGUCUAGUCAGAAGUACGUAUUAAUAGAAUUAAAAUUACGGUAAUUUCACCAGGGAGGAGCCAUACAGGGGAGGUACUGUAGGUAGGGGAAGUGCUCGUCGACUCUUACGCCCGUAUUCUAAAAGCUCACUCACACUCAAUGAGUGGAGGUUCAAUCUGAGCUUCUUUUGAGUGUCAAUGCUGUUUUUGAAUAGUUAGAGGUCUAGUCUACCUUACUAUGUUACUACUCAUCAAUGCUACUCACCCUCCGGCUUUUCAAAAACAGCACUGACACUCAAAAGAAGCUCAGAUUCAACCUGCACUCAUUGAGUGUGAGUGAGCUUUUAGAAUACGGGCGUUAGUCGUGAGCAGGGGUGCGACCAUCGACCAAGUGCACCCUUCUGUAAAUCCAUUUCAAAAGUUUAUCACAAUCCAUAACCUUGUUUUCUAUAGUGAGUUUAUUCAAAACCUCUUCAGUGAUAUGCCAACCUCAUCUGGCAGGCGUGGCCGCGGGUCCACAGGCAGCAGUAAAAUUAAGGUAAAUAAUACGUGAUAGUGUUGGGAAAGCAUUAAGAACAUCUAACCAAGGUCACGUGACUGUACUCAUGCGCUCUCAUCCUCGUUUCAUCCGAGGUUUAGAUUGUGUUCUUUUAAGAUUUUUUCUGUGUUGGUGUAAUGUACUCAGGUGAAUAUGAUGCUUGUGAUGUUACUCUGAGUGUAUAUCCACACCGGACAAGCUAUAUGCCUGGCCACGGUGGGGAUCGAACCUACGACCUUUGGAAUACUAGCCCAAUGCUCUACCAACUGAGCUACGCGUUCAGAUCCGUCCGAGUAUUAUUUGCUAGAAAUAUUAUAUUUUACCUGGUUUAUUAUUUGCAAUCAUAUUUUCCAGUCCCAAUGUCAAACGUUGAUUGAUCGAAUCAUGGCUUGCACUCCUCAUUAUGUGAGAUGUCUGAAGCCAAGCGAAACGAAGGAACCUUUGGACUGGCACGAUCAUAGGUAUGCAUACAAUAUUUCUAUGCGUGAGAGGGGAGCAGGGGAUAUGCUGUCUUGGUUUGUGCUCCAGUGUUUAAAUUUUACUUACGUUUUUCUUAGAAUUCUUCCUCAGAUCUCAUAUCUCGGACUUCGCGAGAACAUCGAUGUUCGACGUGCCGGCUUUGCUUUUCGUAGAGUGUUUGAUAAAGUCAUUGACAGGUAAUCUUACGGAAAAGGAAUGAAGCCUAUAUGCUUGCAAUUAGAUGAUCGCUUCAUUAUACAGGGAAAAUUUUUCGGUUGACCGCGAAAGUGCACAUAAACGUGAACAAAAACAUAGAGUAAUGUUCGAUUUCUGACGGAGUACCUAUACUUGUAUUUUUCACAACUGCUCCCUGUCAGGUCAAAAAUUGUAUAUAAAAUUUCGAAAUUUUUUACAAAAACCCAUCAACUUUAACUGAAACAAGCAACAAUUAACGGUUUCGCGUCUAGGUAUGAUGCGAUCUUACCAAAAGAUGUGCUAGACCAUGUUAGCGGAGACAAGAAAAGCACAUGUGAAGCUAUUAUGGAAACUGCCCAGUUCUCGCCAGAAAUUUGGAGGAUUGGAAAGACAAAGGUUUUUAUGAAAGAGUCCGAUAUGGUAAGAAUCUGAUAUGGUAUCACCAUUGACCGUUAUUAUUCACGGAACCGUCGCAAGAAAAAUUAUAAUAAUUCUUUUGUUUUCUUUUCCAGAUAACCAAACUUGAACAUUUACGAAGUGAUGCUCUUUACUGGUUUGCGGUGAAAAUUCAAUCUGGGGUUCGCGGAUUUCUGGCUAGACAAUAUUGUCGAAAGUUGAGAGAGCGGUUGAGAGGUAACCCAUUUGAUCCAGUUUUGUGCUGUGGAGAUGUGUUGAACUGA